AAACAAUAAUAAUAUAAAAUAAAUAAUAGAAUAAAAUUAAAAACGAAAGAUAGAAAGACAGAAAGUCACUCCGGACCACUCCCAUGGCUUCGCUAGAUUCUCAUGUGUUGAUGAAGCUAGUUAGCCUCUUUUUAUCUUCUCUUUUUGUCACUAUCGGUAGCUCGGAAUCGCAGUGUCAGAAUUUCGAGUCGAUCAUCAGUUUCGGCGAUUCGAUUGCCGACACCGGAAACUUGCUCAGUCUCUCGGAUCGUUACAAUCUUCCUAUGAGCGCAUUUCCACCGUACGGAGAGACUUUCUUCCACCACCCAACCGGUCGUUUCUCCGACGGCCGCCUCAUUAUUGACUUCAUCGCUGAAUUUUUGGGGCUUCCUUAUGUGCCUCCUUACUUCGGAUCUAUAAAUGGAAACUUUGAGAAAGGAGUUAAUUUUGCUGUAGCCUCAGCAACGGCAUUGGAGAGUUCAUUUCUAGAAGAGAGAGGAUACCAUUGUCCUCACAAUAUUAGUUUAGGAAUUCAGCUAAAGAGCUUCAAGGAGAGUUUACCAAAUAUAUGUGGCUUACCAUCAGAUUGUAGAGAAAUGAUUGGAAAUGCUUUGAUUCUCAUGGGAGAGAUUGGAGCGAACGAUUAUAAUUUCCCAUUCUUCGAACUAAGACCCUUAGACGAGGUCAAAGAGCUCGUUCCGUUGGUGAUUAGUACUAUUUCUUCAGCGAUUACGGAGUUGAUUGGUAUGGGGGGAAGAACAUUUCUGGUGCCCGGAGGCUUCCCUCUCGGAUGCUCAGUAGCAUUUUUGACAUUAUACCAAACAUCAAACGUGGAAGAAUACGAUCCUUUAACAGGAUGUUUGAUAUGGCUAAACAAGUUUGGAGAAUAUCACAGCGAGCAGCUUAAGGAAGAACUCAAGAGACUCAGGCAGCUCAACCCUCAUGUCAACAUCAUAUAUGCUGACUACUACAAUGCUUCGUUGCGCCUUGGCCAAGAACCAACCAAAUAUGGAUUCAUAAAUAGACACUUGUCAGCUUGUUGCGGUGUAGGAAGACCGUACAACUUUAACUUCAGUAGAAGUUGUGGGAGUGUAGGAGUGGAAUCUUGUAAUGAUCCUUCAAAGUAUGUGGCAUGGGAUGGCCUUCAUAUGACUGAGGCUGCACACAAAUCGAUGGCUGAUGGAUUACUCAACGGACCAUAUGCGAUUCCUCCUUUCAAUUGGUCAUGCCUCAGCUCAAAGAUUAAGAAGAAGGAAGUCAUUAGAAAUACAAUAUUCUUUGAUGAAUAGUUGACACAAGCUUGUCUUCAAAUCUAAGAGACAAGCGAGAUAAUGAGAAAAUCUUAUAUAUUCUUUGAUGAAUUUUGUAUUGUGUUGUGUUAUACUUUGUGCUGUUGUCUGAAAGAAAUUUUCAAGUGUUACUAGCUAAAUCAUGUGAUAAUUUUGGA